UAUAGAUACAGCCCCACACAGAAGCGCACACAAUUAUAGAGAGAGAGAGGUAAAGAUAUCUAGAAAGAGAAAGAAGAAGAAGGAGAAGAGGUGUGUUAUUUGUGUGGCGGUUGAUGGAUAGAGGUUCUCAUUCUUCAGGGAGCGGUGCUGAUUCUUCCUCCACUACUCUAUCUGCUUCAAGCGGUAAUAAUAAUGGCGGAAGCGAUACUAUCUUGAAGAAUCUUAGCAAGAUUUCUCAUAAGAUUUCUAAGCCUGUUCGGAGGCCACCGGUGUAUGAGAAUCAGAGUCUUCUCAGUUCUCAGAUAGUUAAUGAUGUCCAGGCUCAGCCGCCUGCUGCGGCGGCGGCGGCGCCGCAGCAGCAGCCUCCGGUUUAUAAUAUAAACAAGAGUGAUUUUCGCGAUGUGGUUCAGAAGCUCACCGGAUCUCCGGCGCAUGAGCGGAUGGCUACUCCGCCGCCCAUUCACCAGCCCAAGCCGCCCAGUUCGAGGCUGCAGAGGAUUCGCCCGCCGCCGCUCGCGCAAAUCGGUAACCGGCCGCCGCAGCUGAUGAACGUUGUCGGCGGCCCUCCUCUUCAGCCGCUCCCCACCAAUCAGAUGCUGGGUGGUGGAGGGUUUAUCGGCGAUCAGCGCCACGUUCAAGCUCAGCCUCCCUCCCCCUUACCGCCGUUUCCGGCGGUUCAUGGGGCGGCGGAGUCCCCGAUUUCCGCCUACAUGAGGUUCCUCCGCGGCUCCAUCUCCGGCGCCGCCAUAGACUCCGAUCCCAAGCGAUUCUCCACCGCUCUCUCCCCGCUCGCCCCUCUCGAUUCCCCGCGGUGGACCGGCCCAGCUCCGGCGCAGCCUCAACCGCCUCUUCCUCCGCCGCAGCUGCAGAACAUUCCUCCACAGCCAUCAUCGGCGCCACCCAUUCCACCAUUUCCGGCGCUGCCAUCAUCCCCACUCCCCUUCGGGUGCUUGCCGUCGCCGAGGUCCUCUUACCCGCUGCACUCUCCCGGUCUCCUCCUUUCUCCGUCCAGUCAACUAGGGUUCCAGCAGCUACCCCUUUCGCCGACAGUUCCAGUCCCCAGCCCAACCUGGAAGGGCAUUUGAGUAAUUUCACUUCAGUACAAACAAAAUCCCAAAAAAGGUAAGAACUUUAAUUAGGGUCUUGAAUGAAAACCAAAAAAAUUCAAUCUUUUUCACAAUGGGUAUAUCAUAUAUGGUAUAUUAGCUUGAAACUUGUACAUUUGGUGAGAUGAAUCCAAAUUACCAAUCUGAAAAUAGGUGGUUCUUUUGUAAAUGGAUGUUUAAGGACAGUGAAAAACAACCUUGUAUUCCUUCUUCUCAGUCAAAAAUUUGUUUCUUAGUGGAAUAUUAUUGUCAUGGAUAUUUUGGGAGAAAAAGACUCGAGAUUUUU